GAUAUAUGCCGGGUCUGCCGGUCUGAAGGAACCCCGGACAAGCCACUAUAUCACCCCUGUGUUUGCACAGGAAGUAUAAAAUUCAUCCACCAAGAAUGGUAUGUGGUGUUGGUUGGUUGGCGGUAUACUCAAACACAGGCCUAGUGGCAUUUCUUUAGAGACGGACUGGGUUCUAGCCAGAGCAUGAUACAUUCAAGAUUCGGAUCAGAGCCAAGUAUUACUAAGGAAAAGUAAUACUUAGCCAGAGAUACACUCUGAUACUUUAUCUCUCUCCAUGCUAGAUCUAGCUAGAUGGACUGACCUUAGGCAUCGACAAUUUAUCUUUUGCAUUGCUGCACGUGUGACACCGCACUUAUAUGAUCCAUCUAUGUGUUUUCACAGCUUGGUACAAUGGCUAAAACACAGCAGAAAAGAAUACUGCGAGUUAUGCAAGCACAGAUUUGCUUUUACGCCAAGUAAGUAAUUCAAUUUCAUUCUCUCUGUCUAUAUGCCUUCUGUUUAACAUACUAUUCAAUGCCGCAUUUACUUCUCAGAGUGAGGCUGUGAGCUGGCCUGAAGAAUCGCACUGAAUUCUUCCGCUGCUCUAUCAAUCGCUACAUACUUCAGUCUGAAUUAGAGAACUACCGAUACAGAUUUUUUAGGGCCGAUACCAAUGUUUGGGGGUCAAGGAGGCAGAUGGCCGAUAUGUAAUAUCAUUAGAUUGGAAAAUGUUGAUGACAAAUUGUCCCAGAGACAGUCAUGUAUGCAUUCAUGCAUCAAUUUUAAAAUUAAACAAUACAUUUGACUUUGUUUUUACCAAAUGUAUCUAUAUAACAACAUAAUGGUAAUAAUUGUAUUUGAAUGGUAAAUCUCUUGAUAAACUGGGUAAAUUAAGAUGUCAUGGGCCUGCUCACAAUACAGGUGAAUGCAUUUGCAUUAGGAGUGUGUGCAUGCAUUGAGUUAAUGAGCUAGUUUUGGCUGAUCAGUGGAGUCUAUGGUGCUAACGAUGACAAUCUGUUUGCCUUCCAUUUGGGACUUAUAUUAGCCUACUGAUCAGCAACAUUUGCUCCAGCAUGUCAAGCCUGUAUGGAAGGACAUAAUAUAGGCACUGCUGUUAGUUGGAGAAUAUAAAAUAACAUCUACUCAAUGCAAAUGGGUCCAACAUAACAUCAUGAUUUGUGAUCACGGAUGAUUAUGAAACUAGCAUUCUUUCCAUCUCUAAACAGCUCAGCUGCCAGGACGAAAUUCGAAACAACUCAAUUGGCUAGUUCAGCUAUCUCAACAAGAAAUGGGCGGGUUGUAAUUUGAUCCUACUACUAUGAUUGGAUAGAGCGAGGGUGUAACUCCACUCCCUUUCAAAUCUCCUCAUCUCUCUCCAUCACUCAUAUCACUUGGUUCUGUUUUCUGCUACUAUGAGGACUAGCUCAAUGGCUUGUUGACAUUUGCUACCAAGCCAUAAAUGUGCAUAAUAUCAAGCGAGGGUAGGAAAAAAUAUGAAAUGACAAGGCACAUUCUGUCUGAGACUAAUCAGCCCAUAGUUUGAGAAGUGAGAGCGCACACGUGCGCUGAUCUACAGCUUUCUUGGUCCAUAAACAUGCAGGAAGAUUCUUAGGUAGUUAACCCUACUGCCAACCUUUAUUUAGGCAUUUUAAAACACUUCAUUCUUUCCCUAUUACGACAAUCAUCUAAUCCGACUAUCAACUGUCAAUUUAUGGAUACGAUUGCGGCUGGUCAGAUCAGGACACCAGUAAAUAGCUAAUGUUACACCGCAAGCCAAAUGGCUCGUUGCCGAAAAUGGUGCAUGUUCAAAAUGAUAACCAGCUAACGUUAGCUAGCUAGGUUGGCUAUUAGCUCCUAUCUGAUAUCUUAGCACCAUGUUUAUCUAGCUAACACCACAGAUAAAAGGGUUAGUUAUUGUAAUCUUUGCUAACAGGUCACAUAGCUAUCUGCUUAGCUAGCUUUCUUAUUGCAUGCAUGUCUGGGCACGUCAACACGGUCCUUAUUAUUAGUGAAUUAACUAAACUAAUAUUUCCAACAGGAGAUCGAUUUUGGUCACUGUGUCAAUUUAUCUAUUUCUCAAUACUGGACCUUUCUGUUGGAGUAUGAGCCUGCUUGCUGCUGCUGAUUUUCCCAGCUAGACAUUCCUCAGCAUUGUGCAGUACUCAUUGCUCAGGCAGUGUGGCUGCUGGCAUAGCAGCAGCUUUGCUAUGUAGAGGGACUAUCGACAAAGCCGACAGAGAAGGGCCGAUAGACUAGAAAAGGCCAAUAUCGGCCCGAUAUAUCGGCUCGGCUGAUUAUCGGUCAUUCUCUAGUCUGAAUCUGCCAUCGUUGACGUCGUUUGUGGUGAUGAGGGGCGUUGUAUAAAACAAAGUAGUCAGCGAUUGGAUCGUCCAACCAAUCAGAGUAUCAAAGCCAAUAAAUAAUUUUCAAAACAUUGCUUUACCCACGUGUGUUCUUGCUCUGGCCCAACAAAUCAGACGGUCCAAAAGUGUUUGCAUUCAAGAAGGGUUGGGGCGGGAGUCAAAUCCAGACUCAUUGUGGAGAAGAAACAAAUGUUUGCAGGUGUGUCGUUUGGCCGAAACAAUGAGUCUGGGUAGCCAGGCAAGCUGUGAGCUGCCCUGGGUCGUUAUCAUUCAGAACAGGCCUAAGGGACAGACGCACAGCCCUGUUUAAAUUAAUCUAUUACUCUGGAAGUGUGGCUCAAGCUAAUGCGCAUGCAGCAGCCUGCUCUGUUUCUCUUACUGAAGUCUGUUUGCCAUCUUCAUUCACAUAGUGAGUGAUUUAGCAAGAUAUUAGCAUACUUCUUGUGUUUCAGAUUGUUAAUAUCUUCAGUUUCUUUAACAUAUUUUUUAAUUUUGGUUUUUCAGAUGAUUAAAUUGAUUAUCCUUGUCCUUUAGACAGUCUGUCAUGAUACCAAUAGAAAAUGGUCAGUUUUCUGACCAGGCAACUGCUGACAACUCUCAGCAUAACCUCUAAUCUGAUCCAAUGCAAGCUUUUGUUAGUUUUGAAUGGACCCAAUUAGGACGAGUAAAGGAGUGUUGGCAUUUGAGAAUGUGAAAAUUAAGUAGCCUAUUUGAUCCUUUCUUCCCUCUGUUCUUUUUCAGUAUAUUCUCCAGACAUGCCUUCCCGGCUGCCUGUCCAGGACAUAUUUGCGGGGCUGGUGACUAGUGUAGGCACAGCUAUUAGAUACUGGUUUCACUACACACUAGUGGCUUUUGCUUGGCUGGGAGUGGUUCCUCUCACAGCAUGUAAGUACAAAUGUCCUAAAACAGUAUGUUGGUACAUGGUUGUUCAGAUUGCUGUCCAGUGUUGGCCUUUUGUAAAUGUGUGUGUUGACUGACUGACUUGUCUUAUUCCCGCAGGUCGCAUCUACAAGUGUCUGUUUACCGGCUCUGUGAGCUCACUCCUCACCCUGCCAUUAGAUAUGCUUUCUACGUACGUUUUACCUUUUUCUCUUCUCCCAAACCUGUACAAAACAAUACUCUGUAAAAACAUGAGAUAAAUGUUGUCUAGUCAUUUAGCAGAUAACAUUCGGACUCAUCGUGAGACAAUUGUCAUUUCCCUUCUUCCACAGAGAGAACUUGCUGGCGGACUGCUUGCAGGGUUGUUUCGUGGUGACGUGUACACUCUGCGCCUUCAUCAGUCUGGUGUGGCUGCGGGAGCAGAUUGUUCACGGUGGCGCCCCCCAGUGGCUGGAGCAUAAUCAGCAGCAGCAGCCUCAACCUGCACCAGCUCCACAACCUAAUGAGGUAGCCAAAAAUCCCACUGUCAAGUACAAGUCACUCUUUAACAUAAUGAUGUGAUAAUGGUAGCAUUUAUUUAGUGCAACUUGACGAGUUGAGUGUUUUGAAGCACUCAAUACACUCUUCCUUAACCACCUAUUCUAAUGUUUUGGAGCUACCAGCCCCCACCUUCAUGCCCAAUCUCUUUUCCCUAUCAGCAGGCCCCUGGUCCUGGGCAGGGGGUGGGUGAGAACCAGCCUGCUCCUGCCGCAGCUGAGCCCCCGGUGGACAACGGUCCAGCGGCUGAGGUCCCUGACAUCCAGGUGGACCCGGCAGAGGACAUGGAGAAUGAGGAUGAGGAUGAGGCUGGGGCUGAUGAUGUUGCAGAUGCCAACAAUGGAGCACAAGGUACAAGCCUCAGAAUGGAAAGGUUCUAGCCAGGUUACAGUUCUGUUGUGGUCUUGCCAACACCAUUGCUCAUUGUCAGUGACCAGGAGUUGGUAUAAUAGCACAAACAGACUGACACUCAGGCUAUAAAGGUCCAAGAUGCUAAGCUAAUGCAGCCGUAUUCAAAGGCUUAUUAAGGAUGAUGCAUUUGCAUUUAACAGUAUUCAACAUCAUAAUCUCUAUAUUUGAUAAUUUUUCAUAGACCUUCAUCUGUUGGCGAUAUCUGUUUGUUUGUAAAAGUGUGUUCCACAGUUGGUGUCAGUGAGUGAGGUGCUGCUUUUCUCUUUGUAGAUGACAUGAAUUGGAAUGCCCUGGAAUGGGACCGGGCAGCAGAGGAGCUAACAUGGGAGAGGGUGAGUCUGGCUUAGAAUUCCCUCAGGCCUAUUUGUGUUAUUUACCCAUUGGUCAUCGUUGUGUCUAUGAAAAGUACAGUGAAAUGUAAUAUUCAUAUUUUUUUUUCUUCACAGAUGCUCGGUCUUGAUGGCUCCUUGGUUUUCCUGGUAAGUAGCUCGUUCUUGGAGGGAAAAAACUUGAAUUUGAUGUUUUCCCAUGUUUGAUGAAAUAGCACACCCUUUUGAGAAAGUCUUCAGUUUGUGUUCUCUCUUUUUCAGGAGCAUGUCUUCUGGGUGGUCUCACUAAACACACUCUUCAUUCUGGUGUUCGGUAUGUGUCAUAAACUAUUGUUAAGAGAAUGUGCAAUUGAUGAAUAAACAAUAUAAAGAGAAAUAUUCCAACACCUGACUUGUAUUUUUUAUUUUUUUCAGCUUUUUGCCCGUAUCAUAUUGGUCAUUUCACAGUUGUGGGACUUGGCUUUGAGGAAAAUGUAAGUACCAGCUUAAUGUAAAUUAAAUGUUUUGCUUUUCUCUCACACGUGUAACCCGAGAGAUUAUAUUUGAAAUCUAUAAGAAUUGAUUUUGUGAAGUUUGUUUUGGAAUCUGAAUGACUCGCUCCAUGGAACACAGUUGAGCUACUUUGCAGACUAUUAGAAAGAAGAUUAUUUUGAUGAUGUAAUUUCCUGUUGCAGGUGCGGGCUUCCCAUUUCGAAGGUCUCAUCACCACCAUCGUGGGCUACAUCCUCCUGGCCAUGAUAUUAAUACUGUGCCAUGUAUCCUCUGGUGUCUCUUACAGAAGUGUGUUAUACCUUAGCGUCUGUUAUAGACAUAAUGUAGUACCUGUGUUGUACUGUAUGUAUUCGUGUGUCUUCCUUAACGAAAAUCCCAGGGAUUGGCAGCGCUGGUGAGAUUUCAAAGAUCCAGACGCCUUUUAGGAGUGUGCUACAUUGUUGUCAAGGUAUCGAAAAUUAUGAUAAUGAUUUCUCCCGUGAUUGGGAAUGCAAAGCUGGACUGGUAUAUGACUAGUUUGUGUCUUAUGGACUCAGAAGUGUAUAUACAUAUAGAAUAUUGUGUUUAUCGUCCAUAUGUUCUGAACUGUUACAGAGCAAUUGGGAUUACAGUAUAAACUCCAAUAAUUUGCCUUCUAUUGCCAUAAAAAGAAACACCAGUUAUUAUAAGUAUUGAUAUUAUGAUUAACCAGGUAUCCCUGCUGGUAGUCGUGGAGAUCGGUGUAUUCCCUCUCAUCUGUGGCUGGUGGCUUGACAUCUGCUCACUGGUAAGCCAACCAUGUUCUUCUGCUUCAAUGACUCGUACUUUCAAAAUAAUUGAUACAUCACUUAGAAACCAAAUUAUUUUAUAAUAAUAUAAUAUAAUAUGCCAUUUAGCAGACGCUUUUAUCCAAAGCGACUUUCAGUCAUGCGUGCAUACAUUUUUUUUUUGGUGUAUGGGUGGUCCCGGGGAUCGAACCCACUACCUUGGCGUUACAAGCGCCGUGCUCUACCAGCUGAGCUACAGAGGUACUAUUUUCUGUGUUGCAGGAGAUGUUUGAUGCCUCUCUGAAGGACAGAGAGCUGAGUUUUGAGUCUGCUCCUGGUACCACCAUGUUCCUCCACUGGCUUGUAGGGAUGGUCUACGUCUUCUACUUUGCCUCGUUCAUCCUCUUACUGCGAGAGGUGAGAUGGUAUUCUCUCGCAUACCUUCAUAUCUGUCAUUUGAAGUGCCAAACACCCACUCAUUGCCAUGAUAGUGAAUGCUAAGAGAUUUCUGCUGUGGAAUGAUUCUGUAUAUUUCUCACCAUGGCUGAUCUGUUUCUAAUUUUCGCUCUAGGUCCUGAGACCCGGUGUUUUAUGGUUUCUCAGAAACCUGAACGAUCCUGAUUUUAAUCCUGUUCAAGAAAUGAUUCACCUGCCCAUAUACAGACAUCUUAGAAGAUUCAUUUUAUCGGUGGUGAGUCGCAACCCAUUUCUAUUGUCUGUAAAAUGCCAUAUCUAUGGGUGUCUGGACAGGACUUAUACAGAACCAGUAACACUGGGUUUCUCCUGUCUUUCUCCACAGGUGGUGUUUGGCUCCAUAGUUUUACUAAUGUUGUGGCUUCCCAUAAGGACGAUCAAACUCAUCCUCCCAGCCUUCCUCCCCUACAAUGUCAUGCUGUACAGGUAAUUUUGGUGGCCUGGAAUGACAAUGGAAUGACUUGACUUAAGCCCUUGGCUCCUAGUAAUGUAAUGAAGCUGUUACGGCCCAAGUCUCCCGCUUUGCAAUUACCGGAAGACAAACCAUUGGCCGCAUAAAUGGAUGCCACACUACAACAUCAAUAAUCAAUGCCUCUUUAGUAAUGAAAAAAAUGCCUCUUCAGUAACUAGCAAAUGCCUCUCUAAUGUACUCUGUUAUGAGUGAUGAUAAUGUCUCUGUGUUGACUGGGUGAUGUGUUGUCGGUCUCCAUCUCCCAGUGAUGCUCCAGUCAGUGAGCUGUCUCUGGAGCUGCUGCUGCUGCAGGUGGUUCUGCCUGCGUUGCUGGAACAGGGCCACACACGCCAGUGGCUCAAAGGCCUCGUCAGAGCCUGGACCGUCACCGCCGGAUACCUGCUGUGAGUGUCACACACAAACAACUACAUACAGUUGAAGUCGGAAGUUUACGUACACCUUAGCCAAAUACAUUUAAACUCAGUUUUUCACAAUUCCUGACAUUUAAUCCUAGUAAAGAUUCCCUGUCUUAGGUCAGUUAGGAUCACCACUUUAUUUUAAGAAUGUGAAAUGUCAGAAUAAUAGUAGAGAGAGUGAUUUAUUUCAGCUUUUAUUUCUUUCAUCACAUUCCCAGUGGGUCAGAAGUUUACAUACACUCAAUUAGUAUUUGGUAACAUUGCCUUUAAAUUGUUUAACUUGGGUCAAACGUUUUGGGUAGCCUUCCACAAGCUUCCCACAAUAAGUUGGGUGAAUUUUGGCCAAUUCCUCCUGACAGAGCUCGUGUAACUGAGUCAGGUUUGUAGGCCUCCUUGCUCAGACACGCUUUUUCAGUCCUGCCUACACAUUUUGUACAGGAUUGAGGUCAGGGCUUUGUGAUGGCCACUCCAAUACCUGGACUUUGUUGUCCUUAAGCCAUUUUGCCACAACUUUGGAAGUAUGCUUGGGGUCAUUGUCCAUUUGGAAGACCCAUUUGCGACCAAGCUUUAACCUCCUGACUGAUGUCUUGAGAUGUUGCUUCAAUAUAUCCACAUAAUUUUCCUUCCUUAUGAUGCCAUCUAUUUUGUGAAGUGCACCAGUCCCUCCUGCAGCAAAGCACCCCCACAGCAUGAUGCUGCCACCCCUGUGCUUCACGGUUGGGAUGGUGUUCUUCGGCUUGCAAGCUACCCCCUUUUUCCUCCAAACAUAACGAUGGUCAUUAUGGCCAAACAUAUCUAUUUUUGUUUCAUCAGACUAGAGGACAUUUCUCCAAAAAGUACGAUCUUUGUCCCCAUGUGCAGUUGCAAACCGUAGUCUGGCUUUUUUAUGCCGGUUUUGGAGCAGUGGCUUCUUCCUUGCUGAGCGGCCUUUCAGGUUAUGUCGAUAUAGGACUCCUUUUACUGUGGAUAUAGAUACUUUUGUACCUGUUUCCUCCAGCAUCUUCACAAGGUCCUUUGCUGUUGUUCUUGGAUUGAUUUGCACUUUUCGCACCAAAGUACGUUCAUCUCUAGGAGACAGAACACGUCUCCUUCCUGAGCGGUAUGACGGCUGCAUGGUCCCAUGGUGUUUAUAAUUCUUUUUCUGAGGUCUUGGCUGAUUUCUUUAGAUUUUCCCAUGAUGUCAUGCAAAGAGGCACUGAGUUUGAUGGUAGGCCUUGAAAUACAUCCACAGUACACCUCCAAUUGACUCAAAUGAUGUCAAUUAGCCUAUUAGAAGCUUCUAAAGCCAUGACAUAAUUUUCUGGAAUUUACCAAGCUGUUUAAAGGCAAAGUCAACUUAGUGUAUGUAAACUUCUGACCCACUGGAAUUGUGAUACAGUGAAUUAUAAGUGAAAUAAUCUGUCUGUAAACAAUUGUUGGAAAAAUUACUUGUGUCAUGCACAAAGUAGAUGUCCUAACCGACUUGCCAAAACUAUAGUUUGUUAACAAGGAAUUUGUGGGGUGGUUGAAAAACGAGUUUUAAUGACUCCAACCUAAGUGUAUGUAAACUUCCGACUUCAACUGUACCAACACACUGUUAGUCUGUGCGUGUGGUUUAUCAUUUACAUUGGAAACCAUUAUUUUACUGUCAUAUUGUUAAUGUAGGCUGUCAUCGUUCUCCCAUAAAUCCAAUGUAAAAACCCAGAAUUUAGGUAUUAUAGACUGACACACAUCCUUGGUCUCAUCUCAGCAAACCCCAUGUUAAUCGUGCUAUCUGUGCCACAGAGACCUCCACUCGUACCUGUUGGGUGACCAGGAGGAGAAUGACGGUGAUGCGGACCAGCAGGCCAACAACCAGCAGAGGAGGAACAACAACAACGCCAUCCCUGAGGGGCUGCACGCUGCCCACCAGGCUAUCCUACAGCAGGGAGGCCCUGUGGGCAUCCAGCCCUACCACCGGCCCAUGAAGUUCACCUUCAGGGUGAGACAUGAAUAUCACUCUCACCUGUUUAUAAUAUAAUGAUAAUAUAAUGACUAUCACCAAAACCAGCAAAAUUAAGGCAUACAACGAUUUUAAUAAAAAAAUUUAAAACAUUACAAUACAUUCACAGAUUUCACAACACACUAUGUGCCCUCAGGCCCCUACUCCACCACUACCACAUAUCUACAAUACAAAAUCCAUGUGUACGUGUGUAUAGUGCGUAUGUUAUCGUGUGUGUGUAUGCAUGCGUCUGUGCCUAUGUAUGUGUUGCUUCACAGUCCCCGCUGUUCCAUAAGGUGUGUUUUUAUCUGUUUUUAAAAAUCUAAUUUUACUGCUUGCAUCAGUUACUUGACGUGGAAUAGAGUUCCAUGUAGUCAUGGCUCUAUGUAGUACUGUGCGCCUCCCAUAGUCUGUUCUGGACUUGGGGACUGUGAAGAGACCUCUUGUGGCAUGUCUUGUGGAGCAUGCAUGGGUGUCCGAGCUGUGCGCCAGUAGUUCAAACAGACAGCUCGGUGCAUUCAACAUGUCAAUACCUCUCAUAAAUACAAGUAGUGAUGAAGUCAAUCUCUCCUCCACUUUGAGCCAGGAGAGACUGACAUGCAUAUUAUUAAUGUUAGCUCUCUGUGUACAUCCAAGGGCCAGCCGUGCUGCCCUGUUCUGAGCCAAUUGCAAUUUUCCUAAGUCCCUUUUUGUGGCACCUGACCACACGACUGAACAGUAGUCCAUGUGCGACAAAGCUAGGGCCUGUAGGACCUGCCUUGUUGAUAGUGCUGUUAAGAAGGUAGAGCAGCGCUUUAUUAUGGACAGACUUCUCCCCAUCUUAGAUACUGUUGUAUCAAUAUGUUUUGACCAUGACAGUUUACAUUCCAGGGUUACUCCAAGCAGUUUAGUCACCUCAACUUGCUCAAUUUCCACAUGAUUUAUUACAAGAUUUAGUUGAGGUUUAGUGAAUGAUUUGUCCCAAAUACAAUGCUUUUAGUUUAAAAAAUAUUUAGGACCAACUUAUUCCUUGCCACCCACUCUGAAACUAACUGCAGCUCUUUGUUAAGUGUUGCAGUCAUUUCAGUUGCUGUAGUAGCUGACGUGUAUAGUGCUGAGUCAUCCGCAUACAUAGACACACUGGCUUUACUCAGAGCUAGUGGCAUGUCAUUAAUAAAGAUUGAAAAAAGUAAGGGGCCUAGACAGCUGCCCUGGGGAAUUCCUGAUUUUACCUGGAUUAUGUUGGAGAGGCUUCCAUCAAAGAACACCCUCUGUGUUCUGUUAAACAGGAAACUCUUUAUCCACAAUAAAGCAGGGGGUGUAAAGCCAUAACACAAACGUUUUUCCAUCAGCAGACUAUGAUCGAUAAUGUCAAAAGCCGCACUGAAGUCUAACAAAACAGCCCCCACAAACUUUUUGUCAUCAAUUUCUCUCAGCCAAUCAUCAGUCACUUGUGUAAGUGCUGUGCUUGUUGAAUGUCCUCCCCUAUAAGCGUGCUGAAAGUCUGUUGUCAAUUUGUUUACUGUAAAAUAGCAUUGUAUCUGGUCAAACACCAUUUUUCCCCAAAAGUUUACUAAUGGUUGGUAACAGACUGAUUAGUAUGCUAUUUGAGCCAGUAAAGUGGGCUUUACUAUUCUUAGGUAGCGGAAUUACUUUUGCUUCCCUCCAGGCCUGGGGGCACACACUUUCUAGUAGGCUUACAUUUCUAGUAGGAGUUGCAAUAUCGUCCGCUAUUAUCCUCAGUAAUUUUCCAUAAAAGUUGUCAGACCCCGGUGGCUUGUCAUUGUUGAUAGACAACAAUCUUUUUACCUCUUCCACACUCACUUCACGGAAUUCAAAAUGACAAUGCUUUUCUUUCAUAAUUUGGUCAGAUAUACUUGAAUGUGUAGUGUCAGCGUUUGUUGCUGGCAUGUCUUGCCAAAGUUUGCUAAUCUUGCCAAUGAAAUAAUCUUUAUAAAGUAGUUGGCAAUAUCAGUCGGUUUUGUGAUGAACGAGCCAUCUGAUUCAAUGAAUGAUGGAGCUGAAUUUGCCUUUUUUCCCAAAAUUUCAUUUAAGUUGCUCCAAAGCCUUUUACUAUCAUUCUUUGUCAUUUAUCUUUGUUUCAUAGUGUAGUUUCUUCUUUUUAUUCCGUUUAGUCACAUGAUUUCUCAGUUUGCAAUGUGUUUGCCAAUCAGUUGUGCAGCCAGACUUAUUUGCCAUUCCUUUUGCCUCAUCCAUCUCAACCAUACCAUUUUUACAAGUCCUCAUCAAUCCACAGGGAUUUAACAGUUUUUACAGUCAAUUUCUUAAUGGGUGCAUGCUUAUUAGUAACUGGAAUAAGCAAUUUCAUAAAUGUGUCAAGUGCAGUGUCUGUUUGCUCCUCAUUACACACCACGAACCAACAGAUAUUAUUGACAUCAACAACAUAGGAAUCACUACAAAACAUAUUGUAUGACCUCUUAUACACUAUAUUAGGCCCAGCCUUUGGAACUUUGGUUUUCCUAGAUAUGGCUACUAUAUUGUGAUCACUACAUCCAAUGUAUCUGGAUACUGCUUUCAAGCAAAUUUCUGCAGCAUUAGUAAAGAUGUGAUCAAUACAUGUUGAUGAUUUCAUUCCUGUGCUGUUUGUAACUACCCUGGUAGGUUGACUGAUAACCUUAACCAGGUUGCAGGCACUGGUUACAGUUUGAAGCAUUUUCUUGAGUGGGCAGCUUGAUGAAAGCCAGUCAAUAUUUAAAUCACCCAGAAUAUAUACCUCUCUGUUGAUAUCACAUAUAUUAUCAAGCAUUUCACAGAUGUUAUCCAGAUACUGACUGUUAGCACUUGGUGGUCUAUAGCAGCUUCCCACAAGAAUGGGCUUUAGGUGAGGUAGAUUAACCUGUAGCCAUAUUACUUCAACAGUAUUUAACAUGAGAUCCUCUCUAAGCUUUACAGGAAUGUGGUUCUGAAUAUAAACAGCAACACCUCCACAAUUGGCAUUUCUGUCUUUUCUGUCAAGGUUAUAACCUUGUAGUGCUACCACUGUAUAAUCAAAGGUAUUAUCUAAGUGAGUUUCAGAGAUGGUCAGAAUAUGAAUGUCAUCUGUUACUAGAAAAUUAUUGAUUUCAUGAACCUUGUUUCUUAAGCUACAUAUGUUAACGUGGGCUAUUUUGAGCACCUUUCUUCUGGGAUGCUUACUUGUUUUCAUUGCUUUACUGGGAAGCUUAGCAGAAGUAGAUAUUCUCAUGUUUUUUAUGUUAGUGCAGGGUGAGCUGCACACAGUGGACUUCCUGCUUAGGCACACCGCCUCAGUGCUAACAGUAUAAAUCUGGUUCAUAGGCACAUGAUUUCUGCAUACAAUAGCUGUAGGAUCAGCAGAGGCAUUCAGGGCAGCUAGAGGGACAUACAUUAGGUUACUUACAUUGUAUCUACCAACGCCACUGGUAUAAUGUACAUUUGCUGGCAUUAUGACAACUCAGCGUCACACUGGUAGGGAUUAACUGAGCUGGGCUUGGGUCAGCAGUAGACUCUUCACUGUUUUCUCUAAGCCAUCUUUCUCAUCUUUCUCAGAGCAUGAUAAUGUAAUGUAAUGCAAUGUGGUAUAUUCAUGUGUAUUCUUGAUUUUCUAGAUUGUGCUGCUGAUCGUGUUCAUGUGUGUGACACUGCUGGUGGCCAGUCUGGUGUGCCUCACGUUGCCAGGUGAGUUUUCUGUAUAGUCCACACAACUCACUCAGUCACUCACUGAAUUGCACUGUCCACUCCACUGUCUUCUCCAUUUUUCUACCCAAUUUUGUGAUAUCCAAUUGGUAGUUACUGUCUUGUCCCAUCGCUGCAACUCCCGUACGGACUCGGGAGAGGCGAAGGUCGAGAGCCAUGCGUCCACUGAAACACGACCCUGCCAAGCUGCACUACUUCAUGACACAUGACUGCUCGCUUAACCCGGAAGCCAGCCGCACCAAUGUGUCGGAGGAAACACCGUGUAACUGGCGACCGUGUCAGCGUGCAUGCGCCCGGACCACCACAGGAGUCACUAGAGCGCGAUGGGACAAGGUCAUCCCGGCCGGCCAAACCGUCCCCUAACCCGGACGUCGCUGGGCCAAUUGUGCAUCGCCUCAUGGGUCUCCCGGUCGCGGCCAGCUGCGACACAGCCCGGGAUUGAACCCGGAUCUGUAGUGACACCUCGUGCACUGCAGUGCCUUUUACCGCUGCGCCACUCGGGAGGCUCAGUCUUCCCCAUUCACCUACUGUCAUCCUCUCUUCCUCUCCCUGUCUCACCCCCUCUCUCCGUCCCCUGCUACAGUAUUCACCGGCCGGUACCUGAUGUCCUUCUGGACGGGCAGUACUAAGAUCCACGAGCUGUACACGGCGGCGUGCGGCCUAUACGUGUGCUGGCUGUCCAUCAGGGUUAUCACCGUGCUGCUGGCCUGGAUGCCCCAGGGCAGGAGGGUCAUUCUGCUCAAGGUCCAGGAGUGGACCCUCAUGGUAAUGCUCUGCAACACGGUAAUGACAAGCAACACCCACCGCCCACACGCCUGACAUUUGUCAUGAAUGAAUUCGUCUUCUUCAUAACUAUUUUUAUUGUUUUUCCCCUCACACUGAAUUAGAAUAAGAAUGAUGUGAUUUUUAUACAACAAAAUAUAAUAUGUGAAGAUGGUUUAAAAGAUAUAUAUAUAUAUAUAUAUAUAUAUGUAUGUAAAGACCCAUAUAAGGUAUACAAUACACAUAAGAGUGAUUUAAAUACUCUAUGUUUAUAUUGGUUAUGCUGUUUCUAUUAUACUGUGCAAGGGCUCAUCUCUGUGUGAAUGCAUGGUUCUGGGUGAUAAAUGUCCUCUACAUAGGCUGAAUCAGAAUGCAAAUUGAAGACAUCUCAGUAAAAUGAUACCUACUGUAGGUGUGUUGAGAGGUCUGUAUUUCUAGCCCUCUGUGUUGCCUUGUACUGCACUGUAGAUCCUGAAGACAGUGGUCAUAGCUGUGUUGCUGGCUGGCGCCAUCCCUCUCCUGCUGGGCCUGCUGUUUGAGAUGGUCAUAGUAGCCCCUCUCAGGGUGCCGCUGGAUCAGACACCACUCUUCUACCCCUGGCAGGUACUGUAAGGACCACCCAUCUAACACCAAUGGCCAUAUACGUUAUGGGAUUGCAGUACAUUAGAUGGAAAUGGCAAUCUUAAGAUUUUAAAUUGCACCUAAAACUUUUAUGACGCUGUCUUUAGAUUGCCUCAAUCGGAUAACGGAUCAAGAGGCAACUACAGCCAACACUGCUGUUUUACUCUUUGUUUCAGGACUGGGCUCUCGGAGUUCUCCAUGCCAAAAUCAUCGCCGCCAUUACUCUGAUGGGUCCCCAGUGGUGGCUGAAAACAGUGAUUGAGCAGGUCGGUCCCACAAGAUUGCAUUUUUCUAUAAUGAUUAUUAUUACCUUAAUUACUCUUAUAAAUUACUCUGAAGAUGCCAUUCAUGAUAUAGCUCAGAUUCAUUUUGAAUAUGUGUUGGCAUCAUUUUGACUUCCUCGUGUUGUUUCCUCUUCUAGGUGUAUGCUAACGGAAUUCGGAACAUUGAUCUCCAUUUCAUCAUCCGAAAGCUGGCUGCUCCGGUUAUCUGUGUGCUACUGGUGUCUCUCUGUGUGCCCUAUGUCAUCUCUGCUGGCAUCGUCCCCAUCGUAGCGCAGUAUUCCCCAGGUACGGCAAAUAUCAGUUAAUGAAAGUGGAAUUAGUGGUUUCAGGUGUGUGUGAGCAUGCGUAUGCGAGAGAGAGAGCUAUUAUUGGUGAGGAAAGUGAGCAAAUUCAAGGGAUGAUCCUCUGAUUGCUCUCUCUGCAGGAGUUACCAUGGAGAUGCAGAAUUUGGUGCAGAGGAGAAUCUACCCCUUCCUGCUCAUGGUCGUCAUGCUGCUGGGAAUCCUCUCCUUCCAAAUCCGUCAAUUUAAGCGCCUUUACGAACACAUUAAGAAUGACAAGUGAGCACCCUGACAUUAAGCUCAGCACAGCCACACUUAUGACUUAUACUUAUUGCCAAUGCUAACCUGACAAAAUGGCUUCCGGAUGUCUCUCACAGACUGUCAUCACAAAGUCUCCAUUAUGACAGUGGACCACCAUAGUUGCCAGUACAAAUAAUAAAAUAACGUCUCCAAGCCUCUGAGGACAUACUUGUUGGCGUUUUUACACUCUAGCCACAGUAUGCUUUCAUGGCAUGGUAUUUCUCUCUGAAACUGUAUUUUUCUUCUUUCCCAGGUACCUGGUUGGACAGAGACUGGUGAACUAUGAACGCAAGGUGGCAGGCAGAAGCACUACAGCCACAUACAGCAGCUCUUCCCAGGAGUAGGAGCUGUUAACACCUUACCUGAGAACAGCCUCUAGCUGUGUGGCCUCUCUCCUCCACCGCCUCACUUUUGAUGUCUCUCCACCCGUCUCUUCACAUUCAUGACUCAAGCGCUCUCCUCUCACCAUGCCUUAUUUCACUCCCUGCUCACAAGCACAGCCUGAGAAAUGAGGAGUGCGUUUUACAAAAAAGAUUAAAGGCAAAAUUACCUUGAAAACCAACCAACUUGGAAUCGAAAAAUAAUGUUUCGUCUUUGUACAUCUUGAAAAAAAUGUAUGUAUUUUGUUAAUUAAAUCUAGAUGUCACUUUAUUCUGUUCCUGUAGGUCUGGAUGGACUACUACAGUAUUUUACCUGUUUGACCAGGAGGAGGCAAUCCCAUUGGAACACAUGAUGGAGGUUCCACUUUAGAGGAGUGAGGAGCGUGAGACAAGGCUAAAGAACUUUGGGAUCAGUUUAUGUCAUUUUUAUUUAUUCGUUUGGAUUUUCCUUUUUAGGGGUUUAGUAUUACACUGUGUGGGUGAGGUUAUCUGCAAGAAAGAAAAGUUCCUAUUGGAAUGGGUGAUUUACUCUUUCUGCAGCAGGGUUCAAAGCCAGGAAGUUUUUAAUUCCGAUUCAUGCAUUUCGGUUCACUGUCUGACUGACUGGCCACAGAGGAGCUGAUGAGUGUUUCAGGCUUCCCUGAAUAGCUUUAUACUGGCUUGAUGGUCUCCUGUCUCAGGCUGGGGUUAUUAAUGAAAUCCCAGCUAGCCAGCUAUUUGUAUCAUGUAGCUCCAUUAUUUGGUCUCAUUUGAGAGAACCCUAAAAGGCUGCUUUUUAGUUAAAGUUACAAGAUUGUAACUGCGUGCUCAUGACAUUUGUGUAAUUUCUGCUCUGCAUGCUACACAUGUUGUACAGAGUAACAGGUUGUUACAUAUGCAUGAAUAUCAGUCUGUUGCACUUAAGCUUUAACAUAGUGGCAAUCAUUCAUAAACCAUUUUAAUGAAAUCAAGUCAGUAUUUCAAUGUGGUGAUGAAACUACAAUACAGUUAAGUAUGAUUUUCUUGACAGGAGUUUUGGAUCAGGUUUGACAGUUUUUUUGUCUGUGUUAAUGAGAUUGAUACAAUGUUUGUAAAUAAAGCAUUUCUAUGCUUAUGGAUUGUUUACCAUGGCAACAAAACCUAUUUUCUUCAUUUCAAUGUGUAAAAUUGGCUGUGUCGGUUGAAGGUUUAAGACUGGAUUUUUGACUGUUUCAGAGAGGGUAUUAAAUGCUGAGAUUCUGUAUGUGACCGUAUAGUAUCUUAAUAUACAAAACUGGAUUCUGUCGUUUGCCUGUUGAUUUUAUUCGGACAAAUUUUUAAGCAAAUUCCCUAUUUUUAUAUGUGCGUAUAGUGUUUAAUUGUGUCAGUCUUUUGUCUGCUUCAUGUUGUUUUUCUGAGUGGUUAAGUGUGAAUUGGUCAUCUUAAUAAAUGGCUGCUUUCCUCAC